AUGGGCAUCUACUUUCGAGAAAUGAAGGAGGGGGACCAUGGGUGGAAGGGAAAAAGAAAAAGGGAAAGCCACUACGCAGGCGCAUUGACCUUGUGCCCCCCUUUAUCCCUCCCCUGUAAGUCUCUAACCACGGGGGUAGGGUGCCUGUGCCUUGCCGACCAUACGAUAAGGAGGGGAAGAAUUUUCCAUGGGAAGAUGACCCCAGCGGCAGCAACUCAAGUCUAUGUUAUCAGGUCUCUCUCUCGCAACACACACACACACACCACACAGACAUUUUUCUCUUUGUGCAAGACGAUCGGUGGCUUGAACGAGGUCGUCCUCCGUGCUCUGUCUGUGGAGAGUGGAUACUCGAGGGAUAAUCAGACAGGUCUCCUAGUGUUAAUUUCCUGUGAGAGCAUUGAACAACAUCUGAACAGGUAUGGAGACGAAGGGUUAAGUGUCAGGGUCGCGAUGAUCCUUCAUCAUCGUGCCUCGACAUCAAAUGAUCGGGUAAAGGCAUCAAGCCAGGUAGAACCGAAUUCGGGUUGGCAUCAUGACUGUUGGGUGGCAUUGACCUUCACUGGGCUCAUUGGAGCUUGCCCGGUAAGUGGACACUGGACGGAAGAGAGAGGAGGGGGGGGGGGGGGGGUAAGAGCCAAGUGUCUGACUUGCGAGGACAGCUCGGACAAGGUGGUUCCCGUUGGGAUGUCGUGGGGUUGCGGUAUGUGGUAUUUACAUAGAACUAAGAAUAAUAAUGCUGGCCGUCAACCAUGGAAUGGGCGAGUGGAGCAAGAAGGCAGUCACGCGGCCGCCCAGUCGUGGUACCCUUACAUCCUCGUAAUCAUUGGUAUUCUUCCUCCUGUAUGUAUGGUAAUAUUUCGGGGAAUCCUCGCUUCUCUCGGUUUCACCCGUCGCUUCGAAGAGCUGCCAGAGAGGAUGCUUCAUUGCAAGUUGGGUGCCUGCUUGUCCACUAUGAGGUCACGGGCUUCUCCCCCCUCUCUUAGGCUACUACUACACUACUGUAUUCACAGUAACUAACUCUGACUGAGACUUAGCCUUACUUGCUUAGGUGGCCCCCUCUACUACCACUGUCGGACCUGACGUGCCUACCUACCUGAAUCGGCUGCCGAUUUCAUGCUAAGCCUCCUCAUCUGCCUAUCUUCAUACGGCGGAAGACUGAUCCCAAUCCUCAUCGGGCAGUGGACAACUGUCAUAAGUCAGGACCCAAAGAGAGAAAAAGGAAAGGGAAAGGGUUCGGCCGUGGUCCCAUCCGGUCACAAGCUCUUUCGCGCGCG